CCCUCAUCACCCACCCUACAGAUUGACAGUUAAGUGCGCGCGCGUCGCCUCCUCGCUAACUUUACGGAGCUACCGGAUUUUUACCGUCGCUUCCGGAUCUGAUCAGUUUCCUGAAAGCUUGUCGCUCUCUGGAUGUAAUACCUGAGGAAAUGAGAAUAUAGGAGGGUCCGUGAGCGCAGUGAAUAAGGCCAGAGUAAAGGGGUUGAAGGGGUUUUGUUGUGUUCAUGGCUGCUGGAGACGGGGCUCAGCUGCCGGCGACACUAGCGGCCAGCAGGAGCGUAGAGAAGGCGCUCGAGGAGGCGGCGGCCAGCGGAGCGCUCGUGCUCUCUAACCGUAAACUUAAGGAGUUUCCACGAACAGCCAGGAAUUACGAUUUAUCCGACAUUACACAUGCAGAUCUGUCAAAGAACCGGCUGUGUGAGGUGCCAGAGGAGUUGUGCCAGUUCAUCUCUCUGGAGACGCUCAGCAUAUAUCACAACUGUGUGCGCUCAGUCCCCUCCACCCUCUGCCAGCUACAGGCUCUCACCUACCUCAACCUCAGUCGAAACCAGCUGUCCAGUUUGCCUCUGUCAAUAUGCGAGCUCCCGCUGUUGCGAGUGCUCAACAUCAGCAACAACAAGCUACCAGUCCUUCCUGCUUCCAUACACAGACUUGUAAAUCUCCGGCAACUGGAUGUGAGCUGUAAUGAGCUGCAGUGUUUGCCGGUGGAACUGGGUCAGCUGGAGGGUUUACGGGAUCUGAACUUGAGAAGAAAUCAGCUUACGACUCUGCCAGAGGAACUGGCAGAGUUGCCGUUAGUUCGUAUGGAUGUGUCCUGUAACAGAAUUUCCCACGUUCCCGUGUGCUAUCGACACUUACGGCAUCUUCAGCUCAUCUCACUGGAUAACAACCCUCUGCAGAUGCCCCCAGCGCAGAUCUGCUCCAAAGGGAAGUUCCACAUUUUCAAGUAUCUAAACAUGGAGGCAUGCAAAAGGAGCCAGGACCAGCUGGAGAGAGCUCUGCGGCCCAGCGGCUUCAGCAGCUGUCUUUCAGAUCAUGAGCUUUUCCCUGGUCAGUAUGGAGGCCUGGACUCUGGCUUCAACAGUGUAGACAGUGGCAGCAAGAGAUGGUCUGGAAAUGAGUCGGCCGAUGAUUUUUCAGACAGAUCUUUGCGAUUAACUGAAAUUUCCCGUGAGCUGCACAGGGAAGAAGACGAGAAGAACAUGUUGCCGGAUACACCCAAAGUGAACGGAGACGUGGAGCAGGUGGAUUUCAUCGACAGCAGUUUAACAGAAGAAGAUGAGGAAAGCUGCAAACCAGACACUCCCAGUCCUCCACAGGCAUCACUUGUACAGGAGAAGACUGAAAGCAAGUCCACGCCCUCACAGAGCCCUGAUUCAGUUGGAAGCAGGAGGAGUGUUGGCAGUGACUCGGCCGAUGCAGGCUCUCCGUCCAGUCCCACGCUAGAGGAGAAGAAGAGGCCUGGCACUCUGCAGCUCUGGCAGGAGAGAGAGCGUGCGCAGCAGCAACAGCGAGAGCGUUUGCAGAAGACGGCAGUGAAAACAGGAAGUCAGUCGGCAGCAACAGCCAAACAGGCAGGAACAGGAAGCGCCUCGUGUGGUGACUCUACAGACUCCAGUGCUGCUGUUAACGGUCUCCGCCAAAGAUCAGUGACCGUGGAUCAGAUUCCUCCAGUAUCCCUGCAACGUUCAACAAGCCGUACAGAUGCGCCCUGUUCUACUAAGCCGUGUUCUCCGACUGGCACUGCUCCCAAACCCAACAGCUUCCUCUUCCGCGCCUCUUCACGCUGCAAUGUGAAGACUUCAGGACCCAUGCAUUCUCUGGCUGAGUCAGGUCGCAGUGAGUCCCGAUCCACGCUCAGAUCGCCACGAGAGGAGAGAGCAGAAAUCACCCAGUUACGUAAGUCUCUGGAGUCUUCCCUGAAGAUCACCCUCCCAGACGAUCUCGGUGAAUCGUUAUCCAACGGCAUCAUCCUCUGCCAGCUAGCCAAUCACGUACGCACUCGGUCGGUGUCAAUCAUCCACAUCCCCUCCCCUGCUGUGCCAAAACUGAGCGCCGCUAAGUGCCGUCUCAACGUGGAAAACUUCCUCGCUGCCUGCCGAAAGCUGGGCGUUCCUGAGACGGAGGUGUGUCUAGCGUCUGAUAUCCUCUGCAGUAAGCUGCGUGCAGUGCAGCGCUGUGUGGAUUCACUCUUGUCCAUAGGAGGAGUGGAGUUGAAGGAGGAGAUGAAAGCACACACUCCCUCUCUCUCUCCCUUCUCCCUCGUCCCCACCGGCUUCCUGCUCUUCUACUGCCUUGUCAUGGGCCUGCUCUACCUGCUCUACCACCACCUUAUUGCAUAAAGCGCAUACGUGUGUGUGUGUUUACAUGAGAGCGUGUGUCUGAUUUGAUCAAUGUGUGCGCUUCCAUAUAAUUAAUAAGGCUUCGCAGCAGUGUACUUCCAUGCUACGGCACUCGAUGCAUACGCUGCCUAGAUGGAGAUACAGUAAGCUCUGUAAGUAGAGCUAGUCGCACUGCCACCCAGACAGCCAGGCGACCACACACACACACACACACACACACACGCACACUCUUAUACACUACAUUGUUCUGUAACAUUCUGUAAGCUGCAGUGAAUAGAUGCGGAACCAAUACAGUGGUGUUUUUAAUGCUGUAUCUGUUUUAAGCAGAAAUGUAUAGAAAAAAAUUCUUAAUAUUGCUACAAGUUUAUGGACAGAGAGACCUUGUGGGAUUGCAGUCUGUUUUUUUUUUUUGUUUUGUUUUUAUUCUGAAUGACAAAAGCAUUUUAGGUAUAAGCUGCUCAGACAAAAACAUUAGCCUCAUCUGUCUUCUUUUUUUUUUUUUAAAUAUAACUUGGCUACGACUCAUUUCACCUUCAUAACAGCGCCAGUCCUGUUAGGUGUGGAAGCCAGCAGAACCUUGUCAGUGUUAGACCCCCUGCACUUACUGGGUACAACUCAGCUAGACUUUGUGUAGACUAUGUUAAUAUUUUACCUGCUGUUCCAAACAGUCCCAAAAGUUAGCUUUUUUUUUUUUUUACCCUAGGGUAAAAAAAACAAAUGUACAGUUUUGGCUGUAAAGGAUUCUUGUGUCUGUGGAAUGACGAAACCAAGGCAGCCGUCUUCAACGUUCUGUAGAAGUCCCAGGAGAAAAGCGUCCAUGCACUAGAUUCCCAAACUUUAUUCCCAUAAAGUCAGCUGCUGUACUUCUGUACUGCUGCUCAUGCUAUAACACAAUGCAGCUGAACACAUCAGACGAAAGAGCUACCUGCCCUCUUUCUCAUACAGGAGCUCACAGGCACCGGUGGUUGGCCAGUGUCGAUCUUCCCGCCCACCUAGACCCCAGGUUAGGACAGGUUACUCUCUAGUACUCUUGGGUGUGGAUGCUUGUGGCAUCACUGGGAUUUUAGUUUGUUACUUUUUUUUUGUGAACCAAUUGCCACAUAUGUGCUGUGCAGAGAUCCCUACAUCUAAGGGUUAGCUGUAGCAUCUAAGAUUUUUGACCCUAUGCUAAAGCAGUGGCUUGACAAUACAUUAGCAAAAUUUAGACAAAAUGCAAAUCUGCUAAACGGGAAAGGAGGCUUUUACUGCACACUGACUUCAUCUAGGUUGCGUGAGCUAAUAGAAACAGCAAAAAGAGCAGACAAGUUAUUCUUUCCUGUCAGUAAUGAAACUUUAUCUCUUACAUACUGCAACCAAGAAAACACAUCGUAUGUGACGUGACAUAUGUUAGGAACUUUUGUGGAAAAAUUCCAAUUUUUGUCUCUCUGCCUGCUAAGAUUUUCUUGUUAGCAUUGUUGGCAACUGUGUCUAAGGGAUUGAGGAGAUUUUUGUGUGCGCUAACAUGUUUGUUGAUUUGUUCCAGUGAGGGUCAGACUUGUGUUCUGCUUAAACCUGAAGCACCAAACCCACUGAAUCUGGCCAGCAAACUGACCAUGAUUUAAGGAUGAGUUACCUUCGUCUUUGUGCUGCUAUUGAUGGAUGAGGGUUGUUUUUUUUUUGUCUGGGGAGCUUAUUAAAACCCUUAAAUCUAUGCUGCCCAUCACAGCAAGAUGAUCUUAAUCAGAACGAGUCUGUUUUAAAAGUGGUAUUUAUCUGUUCUUAGUAACCACUUCCCAAAGGGCUUUGCCACCGCUUUGCCUUAGCUUACACACGGGAUUGAGCUUUGAGGAUGGUGUAGUGUUUGUAUGUGUCCUUUUGGGGAAGAGAGUGUUUUAUAACGGUUUAUUUAGCCACCGGCACAAAAUGUAAAAUCCGCUCACAUCUUGUUCAAAGGGCUUUAAAUUUUUAACCACUUUGUCUCAGUGCUUGCAAAUGUAAGUGCCUGCAAUGUCUUGACUGAAGCUACUGUUACAAACGCCACCGUGUCUGUUCCAGUCUCGGGGGCUUUAAUGAGUAUUAAAGCUCCUGUUCCCAUUUGUUCAGAGAAAUUCAACCCAGAGAUUUCUUACAAAUACUGAGGUUUGUUGGACUGGAACGAAAUGCUUGUUGUUUGUUUUUGUUUUGUUCUGCUGACUGUGACCACCAGGGGGCAGUAGUAUUGCACAUCUGCACUCGAUGAUAUGUCUUAUGGUACCGAAGUAAUGUUUCAGAGUUCUGAUGUUGUAUGUAUGUGUACUGUUUUGGUCUGCUUGCUAUGUAUAAUUAAGUUAUUGUUUAUUUAUUCAUGCAUUCCUUUGUCAAGCAGCAGUGUUGGGGAAACGCGGCCUCGUUGAGCAAUCCUUAUCCGGUCUCUCAUGUUAUAUGUAAUUUAACACAGAGUAUAUACUGUACUAGAAUGGAAAUACUGAGCUCCAUGUCAAAUGCAUCAGUUAAAAUCAGUUCCUGUCAUUUGUGUGUUUGUAUGUAUGUAUGUGUGUGUGUGUGUGUGUGUGUGUGUGUGUGUGUGUGUGUGUGUGUGUGUGUGUGUGUGUGUGCGCAUAUAUAUAAACACAAACAAAAACAGUGAACGUUAACGGACGCUGGAAAUUCUUCUCAGUGGAACAUCCCAUUAAAAGCAUCUUAAGCUUCAUUUUAAAUGCCUCGGUAAUGUCGGUUUUAGGCCCAUGAGUACCCAUGUUUCCUCAGUACUGUCUGCUGCUGUUGCUUUUGUGUUUCCUGCAUACUUAAUGUGAUUUAGCAGCUUUGCAGACAGUUGACUAACGAGCAGACGCUCAUCUGGAGAGAGUGAUAAGGGCACAUGGGAGAGAAUGGAGUGAAGGAGAAGGAGGAGAGGAGAAGCACAAGGGUGGGCUGAUAGUAUAGAAAAUGUGAGGGGAGAAAGAAAAUAAUGUUCAGCAAAUGGGUUCAUUUUCACUUAUCCAAUUUGUCGAAUUCUUCCCACUGAUGCCUUGUAACAUCUUCAUACAUUUAAAGUGAGCUUCCUUAAAAAAAAACUCAAACCUACAGUAUGCAUGGAUUUUCAAAGUUCCCUAAAACUAAAAUCUUUUUUUUUUUUUUUAGCACAUUUUCAGUCCACACAAAUGAAAUUGCCUGAAGUGCUUGCUGUAACCAAAAGCCAUGUUGCUUAUUCAGAGCAGGGAUGUUGAAGAUCUACCCACAAAUGCUGUCCUCUUCGUUUUUUCUUUCUUUUUUUUUUCCAACCACUUUCAGUUUUUUGUUGGAGCAAGAUCUGCAAUAAUGUUUCAACCAAAAUGUCUCUUAGGGUGAAGCGAGUUAUGAAAGCAAUGAAAGCACCAAACUCACUGGAGUUGAAUUUUGAACUUUUAAAGAAAUUGUUAAGAAGCAAGAUGUAUUUUGUAAUAUUUAUAUCCCUCAUGUAUUUAAGGAGGUCAAUUGUAAGUUUAUAUAGAUUCAGAUUUUUUUUUUUUUUUUUUUUUUGGCUGUAAUUAUUAAAGAAGGAAAAAACGGAUCCUAUUAUCUGUGCUGCUUCCUUGUCUGUUUUCUCGUAUGUUAUCUUGAGUGUGUUUUUGUUUUUCUUUCUCAAGCCAAUCAUCUUCCCUCAGGUGUCUGUUGAUAGCUU